CCAUUCAGCAGUUGCGUUUCGCUUUCAGUCACCCGCACUCGCUGUUGAACUUGGUAAAAUUUACAUUCGUGUGAAAAAGAUUGUGCUCGCUUGAACUUGAACGGAAACGACACGGCAGAUGUGAGCUUGAUUGCUAGAUAUAUCCAUAACAGUUUUGGACGGUUAGUUGUACACAGAUGGUGAAGAAGACAGAAAAUUUCAUCGCUGCAGCUAUUUGAUUUCAAAAAAUAUUCCAUCUGCUGACACUGCCUUCAUGAAUGAAAAAAAUAUCUACGGAAUCAAUCGGUGGUCAUUUUGUUCGUAGUGCAGUGGUCAUUUUUGCCAGUUCACCAGCAGAGCAGCAAACACAGCUGAAUAUCGGAAAGCGAAACAUCGCAUCAACGUUGAGUGGAAAUGCGAAAAGUGAGCCCAAAAGCGAGAUAGAAAUAAACCAGACAAAGCGUAGAGCCGCGAGAAAUUUCACUUUCUUUUUUCAUAAACUUUUAUUUUUUAUGACACACUUGCGUGAACUAUUUGAAUUUGCUGUCUGCGUCGUGAUAGACGGGAUCGAACUACUUCGUAGUUUGAAGUGGAACCGGGUGACUCAUUGAGGGAAGCGCUCAGGAUUAGUGAUUAUGAAUCCGUAACGUAAUAGUGAUAACUAAAAGUGAUUGCAGGAGAGAUACGUAAUAUUGUUUUCCCUCGUGCAAGUGUUCCAUAGUGAUAGUGCGAUUACGCAGACAAGUAACAAGAAUGAGUGUUGACUUCUGCUGAUGAACAUGAGAAGCUGGAUGGAGAUUUGUCGUGAGAAGAAACCUGUUUCGAGGAUUGACUGAAGAGAUUUUUUUGCCCACUGUCUUCACCGGGUUGUGAUGUUUCUUCUCUUGUCAUCGCCGAUACGAAAUGACUAAUCAGUACUUGCACUAGUGCAAAGUGGUGAAAUAUUUUGAAGGAUCAAGUGAUUGUGGCAGCGGUCUGUUGAAGCCUCAAACCAAAUGGCAACAACGGGAGAGAAAAAGUCCCAAUCAAAAGAUGGCAAAGGAGAGAAACGCGUGGGAUGUGCACACUAUAAACGACGUGCCAAGUUUGUGACACCUUGCUGCAAUAAAUUCUACAUGUGCCGAUACUGCCAUGAUGAGAAUGAGACACAUUUCUUCAACCGAAAAACGGUUACGGAGCUGAUUUGCACUGAGUGCAACACUAGGCAACGGGUGCAAGCAGAAUGCGAACAGUGUGGCGUACGGUUCGGACGGUAUACGUGUUUGGUGUGCAAUCUUUUUGACGACGAGGAUCGUAAUCAGUAUCAUUGUGAUGGCUGUGGUAUCUGUCGAGUUGGUGGCCGAGGACGAUUUUUCCACUGUGAGGUCUGUAAUAUGUGCUUACCGCUGCAGCUCAAAUUCGAAGGGCAUAGGUGUGUGGAGAAUGUGUCGCGUUCGAAUUGUCCCGUUUGCUUAGACGACAUCCACACAUCCCGGAUUCCCUGCCACAUUCCAGACUGUGGACAUUUAUUGCAUCGCACAUGUUUCGAGGAACUGCUCUCUUCCGGUCAUUACGCUUGUCCAACCUGCCAGACGUCGAUGAUGGAUAUGAAUCAACUGUGGGAUUACCUGGAUGCCGAAGUGUCUGCGACACCUAUGCCAAAGGAGUAUGAGAAUUACUUCGUUGAUAUUCUCUGCAAGGACUGUCAUAAGGAAUCGACGGUUAAAUUCCACGUCGUCGGACUAAAGUGUAGGCACUGUGGCGCGUAUAACACUUGUCGAACAAAAACUAAACAUUUAGACGCUGCUACAAAAUGCACAAAUGGUAACGAAGGCACAAGUUCAGAGAACGGCGAAAACAGCAAUGGUGCUUCGGGCAGUUCUUCCUCCGUACCGACGAGCUCAACCACGGCCAGCUCGGUACCUUCUGUAGCGACAAGCUCCAGUAGAUCCAGCAGCAGAGUUGCCCCCUCGACAUCCGCUGAAUCGGAGACCGCAUCCACCUCGACCGCUCCAAGCAUGACGGCGAACUCUUCUUCCACAACGAGUAAUUGUGACGAAAGUUCCUCGUACGACAGCAGCAAUAGCAAUGAGGAAGCUUAAGUCAAAUCGCUUCUCUCUCCAACGACUGUGGCAAUCGAAGUUAAGUCUAUAAGAAGUUAUUGGACCGGGAAUCAUAUACAUAUUCUGCUUGGUAUCUGUAUCGGGUCCAUUAGCCGAAAUCUCGUAGCAAAGACUCCUCUACCGUACAAUAAGGUGUUCAUUCCACUCUCAUGUGUUUAGUUAAUCAGCUAGCUUUUAUAUUGUGUAUGACUGAUGGCAAAUCUACCGUACCGCGGUAGGUGUUGUUAGGAUGAAAACCAACCCGCGUGCAUCCGAGAUAGUUCCCAAUUUUAUUUCUGCAAUCGACUCUCACUUUCUCUAAGUGCAUGUACAUGAUCUGUUUUGAAUCUUACUGCAGUUUAUGAGCGAAACUUUUAGCCCUAUUUACCACCUUUUGUAAAUUUACAUUGUGAUUGGUUAGAUUUUUUUUAUGUAUCAGUAAUUUGUGUUUAUUUAGGUCUUCAAAAUUUACAUUUUUUGUAUUAAUACAUUUUUUUUUACCUUGAGAACAACUUUCUGUUGCCAUUUCAAGAAUUUAACUACACAGUUCUUACGAGUUAGUGCGGUGAAAAUUUUAGGAAUUUCCUAAUAUAUAAAUCAUUACGGAUAAACGUGCAAAAUCUCAACAAGUUUUUUUUCGAAUCUAUCAAACAAAAUUCUACAAGUUGGUUAAAACGACUGCAAACUGUUUAUAGGCUCAUCUAAAAAAACAUUUAAAAAACGAACCAAAAUCAAUCGUUUCCCUGGUGAGGACAUUCACAAACAAGUAGGAAAAAAAAAUAACCCGAUGUAACAUAUUUUGAGAGUAUAAACGUUUCGGUAACCAUCAUAUACCAUACAUUCUAAACUGUGUUCGUUAUUUUCAGUCUCCGUCUUAAUUACUAUCUAUGUUUGUGAUACAGUACUUUUAAAUUGAAAGAUAGUUAGUUAUAAUAGAAUAGUCUCAAAUCUCCGGUAAUUGUAGCCUAACGUUUGAUCGUCUCAGAAUAGGUCUAGAGAGAGAGAGGGGGAGUUUUGUCGUUUUAUAUUUUACAAAUUUUGUGUCAUGACAGAUACACGUUUUUUGUAUCCGGUGCUCGAUACACUAAAGUAAAACUCUCGAGACUCGUUUUCAUUCCCUUCGGAUUUUUUUUGUGGCAGAUGCAGGAAAGAUAGUGUUAAUGAUAAUCUAAAAAUGUGAAACUAAUGUAUUCAACGAUUAUCUUCGUGAAAUAAAUAUUAUAUAGCGUUCCAAGAAUAUUAAGCUAACUUACAUUCAGUUGACAUUAAUACUAAUAGUGUUUGUAAAGCGACAAGCAAGAAAAAUAUGGAUUCGGUACCGCCGAAUAAAGUGAAGAAUUGGAACAUUGUGUUUUCAAUUUAUGUAAUAAAUUUGCAAAAAAAAAGCAACAUAGCAGUAUAGUCUUGCGUAGUUAGGUGAUACUUUUAAGUAGAGAAGCGCUUAGUUUUGUGAAUGUGAGAAAAAAUUAUAGAUCAAUCCAACGAUUUAUUUUCACGAUUUCAAGACUAAGCGACCGUGUAGAUUCUUGCAAGAAUCAUCCGCCGAUGACAGUAAGUAGUGGUAAACAGUAGUGAAUUUAUGUUUUUAUUUUGAUCUGGAUUGAAAAAAAAAUCAGUAGGUUGGUAUGUUCGAAUAAAUGCGUUGAUCGAGUAAA